AUGGCCACCCGUCAGAACCCCAACGAGUUUCUCAAGAGUCUCUUGGGUCGUCCAGUGGUGGUGAAACUCAAUUCUGGCGUGGAUUACCGUGGUGUCUUGGCCUCUUUGGACGGCUACAUGAACAUCGCCUUAGAGCAAACCGAGGAAUACGUAAACGGCCAACUGAAGAACAAAUACGGAGACGCAUUUCUCCGUGGGAACAACGUCCUCUACAUUUCGACUCAGAAGCGCCGUGCCUAACUUCAUCGCUGCCUCCAAAUUGUACGUUUUCGAAUUGAUGCUCUCCUCUCUGG